UUUGCGUUUAUUGUUUUGCACGUUAUUUACCGGCGUUUUUAAUAAGAUACUACUAAAUUAAGCAAAAAACUAAAUGAAGAGAUGAAUAAAGCUUCGCGACUUUUUUGCCCGGCUCUAAUUACACCCAAAAAUGCGGUGGUCAAGCAAACGGAGCAACUGUCUCGCAGCCAAAAGCUCCUGACUGAAUUAGGAUUGGUAAAAUCGGGCAGUAAUGGCACCUAUCAGAUAAUGCCCAUGGCUCAAAGGUCGGUGGACAAGCUCGUUGACCUCGUUCAAAGCAACAUGCAACUGGCUGGAGGUCAGAAGAUCACCCUGCCCAUUUUAACGCCCACAAAUCUUUGGAAAAAGACAGGACGACUCGAUGGGGACAUCUCGGAGUUCUACAUGGUGCGGGAUCGCAGUGGCAAACAGUUCCUCAUGAGUCCAACCCACGAGGAGGCAGUGACUGCCAUGCUGGCCACCACAUCACCCAUUUCCUAUCGACAGCUGCCCUUGAGGCUCUACCAAAUCGGUCCCAAGUUUCGGGAUGAGCUGAAAACACGAUUUGGCUUGAUGCGUGCCAAGGAAUUCCUCAUGAAGGACAUGUACUCCUUUGAUGUCUCCGAGGAAAAGGCUGGGGAAACAUAUGCCAUAGUUAGUGCUGCCUAUGAUAGACUGUUUAAGCAGCUCGAGGUUCCCUUUGUCAAAGUAAAUGCUGCCACGGGAAUGAUGGGUGGCAGUGUGUCCCACGAGUAUCACUACAUUUCGCCCGUGGGCGAGGACACUCUGCUGCAGUGCAGCUCCUGCGGCUUUGCUGGCAACUCUGAAGUCCUGGAUGUGAAACCGGAGUCACCAGUUUCCUGUCCAAGUUGCAAAGGCUCAGAUUUAAAGGAAGUACGAGGAGUUGAGGUGGCGCACACUUUCGUGUUGGGAGACAAGUAUUCUAAGCCCUUGGGCGCCACCUUUCUGAACACCUCUGGCAAGCCACAAUCCCUUGUUAUGGGCUGCUAUGGCAUAGGCAUCACCAGGGUUAUAGCUGCUGCUCUGGAGGUGCUCUCCUCGGAACAAGAACUCUAUUGGCCAUGCCUCCUAGCGCCCUACGAUGUGUGUUUAAUAGGACCCAAGCAGGGCAGCAAAGAGCAGUCCGCAGCGGAGUUGAUAGAAAACGAGCUUCUCUCAAAAGUAGGAAAACUUUGUGGCCACCAGGAGCUGCUGCAUGACGAUCGCAAGGAACUGACCAUAGGCAAACGUUUGCUGGAGGCCAAGCGUUUGGGUCAUCCACUCACCAUUGUAGUGGGGGCAAAGGCUGCUCAACAGGACUCCCCCCUGCUGGAAGUGCAUCUCAGUAAGGGUGAAAAACUUGAACUGGACAUUAAUGAAGCUUUGAAACUGGUCGCCGAACAUAGCCAGCACAAAAAGAAUCUACUAAAUUGUAGUUUUCUACAAGAUAAAGAAGAAUAUAUAAGUCAAUCAGCUGGCCAACAACAUUAGCUUGAACUUGACAUUAAUGAUGCUAGUGGUGGCACCAAAAGAACAUACUAAAUGGUAGUUUUCACCAAGACAAAGAAGAAAGUAUAAGCUUUAGCUUUAUGUAAUAAAGUUAACAUUAACACUAUA